CGGGUGUCGAUCAGCAGCACCAACAGUAGAGUGAUGAGAUGGAUGGGGUAGGCCAAGCUGCGUCGCUGGGGUCACUCCUGAGCUGGUCGGUGGGAAAUGGAGGUUACUGAGGAGAUAAGAAGCCAGGAGUUUGUACAGAUGGUAACUGGUGACUGUGCAUCGACCUGUUUGGUGGAGACUGGAAGGGUUGAGUGGAGCCAAGGUCCCGAGGUAGUAGUCUGUGGAGGAAGGGAACAGCCUGGGAGAGGAGUGGCAACGGGGAGUCCAGGGUGAGUAACGACAGGAAAUGAGGAGAAUAAGUACUGGAUAAGACAAAACACAAUAUACUAUGGUGAAGGCCUGAGAACAAGAUCAAACUGGCAAGGAAGUGAUAGGUGAGCAGGGUAUAAAUAAGGGCAGAACUAAUGAGGUGCAGCUGGAGACAAUCAAGGGAUGUGGAUCAGGUGUGCCGAGUGGUGUAAUAAGGGGCCGAAGACGAGAAAACAACAGUGAGGGAGGUGAGAGAGGCAGGUGCAGCUGGGCAAACCUGACACAAGCUGCCUGCCAUACUGUUGUGCCUGGUAGUACCAUUGUAAUUCUGUCUCAUAUCACUUCUGAGUAAUUGUGUUUCCAGUAUAAAAAAGACUAUAAGUUUGCUUGCAGGUCUCUGCCAAACCAUCAGUGAGAAGGGAAAUAGGCUCUCAAAUAUGUGGUCAUGCGGACAUCUAAACAACCAAAGAGGACGGUUAUAAGAGGGAGGGAGCUUGUAGUUUCCAUUGACACCGCUAAUAGCAAAUGAAGUUAAUAGAAAAGCUACUUGAAAGUCCCGUUUCAGAAUAUCCCAGCUGGCAAUAUGGGGGUUUUGUUGACCAAGGCAGCCCAGUGGACCACGGCCAGUUCUGGUACUGGCAAACUGGAGUUCACGCCAAUGAACGAGUUCUUGUUGAAAGGAAUCUUGUGCUUUGUGGAGCAGUUCAAUUUUCAACAUCCACAGGAGGCAGAGCAUGUGUUUGAAGAGCCACUCCAGUGGAUUACCACUUUAGUGGCAUCUGAUUUCAAAACUGAUUAUGACAUCAGGGACAGUGGUGAUGUACAGUCCCAGGAAAAAGACAGUGAAGGGCAUUCAUUGUUGCAGCUCUCCCCUCCUACUGUUUGUGUACGCAGUUUCAGCCAGCUUUGUAAACUAGUUCAUCUGGCAGGUGAUAAGAAACUGGAGGAGGUUCGAGCAUGUCUAGAAGAAAAUAGAGAUCCUCUGGUUAAGAUUCUUGGUCCCUUCUUUGCCAACAUCAUGGAGAGAGGAACUGUUCAUACUCAAGACCAAGCAAAGGACUCAGAAGUCAAAGUCAGGCUGUUUCAUUUGCUCCAAAAUAUGGACAAACAGCUCCUCGCCAAUCUUCUAGAAGAAAUAUCAGAACAAGUAAAGCUUGACCCUACAUCAGUGAAAAAUGAAGUGGAGCUGUUGAAACAGUUUUGUACUGAAGGGGAAAAGAAGGUGUUGAAGACGGUUCGAUACACAUCAGAUUAUGAGUUUUCAAAUGGCUGUCGUGCCCCUCUGUGGAGACAGUUGCAUGGUGAGAUUUGCUACCUUAUCAUUGAGCCUUAUGACAGUGAAGACUUCUACAUCACCUGUAGCAACGCUGGAGUUUUUCUCAAUGGGGGCAUAAAACAGGUGGGCGAGCAGAGUGGUUAUGAUCGAACAAGUGAUGUGUACAAGGACCUGGUAACACUUCUGAAGAGCAGAUCUCCACAUUUUGCUGAGAACAUAAACAACCAGGAUUUUAUAGUUCAGGAACUUCCAUCAACACAAAAUAUCCAGCAUGUGGAAUCUGUUGAUGAGAAGAAACAAGUGCAACCCCAGAGGACUUAUGAGAAACGGGAAAAGAAUGUGCAUGAGAAGGAGAGACAACAGCAUAAGCUAAACAAGGGAUUCUUCAAGAAGAAAUAUGAGCCCUGUCCGAGAUGGCAGGAUGUUGAUCUCAUGUUAAAAUGUGGUUUAACAGCUGAAAGGUCCAGCAAGAGCUUUGGACAGGAGAGGUCUGGUGAAUUAGAGAAGAAAAAGAAGCUGGGACCAGGAGCCAAGAGCAAGUUGAAAGCAGGAUUCUCAGUGUCCUCUUUACCUGGACACAUUUCCUCCCAGAAAAUUAAGGACCCAGCAAGAGCUAUGCAAGUGGAAACUUUCAGUGAGAGUUCAUCUGAGAGUGAGGAGGAAGACGAACAGCUGGAGCGCCGUCCAGAGAACAACAUAGACCUGCCCGCUGAAUAUUGGCAGAUCCAGAAAUUAGUCAAGUACCUCAAGGGAGGCGACCAGACAGCCACUGUGCUCACUCUGUGUGCCAUGAUGGACCUUAAUUUGAUGCAGGAGACGUGCCAACUGGCCAUCCGGGACGUAGGUGGCCUUGAAGUCCUCAUUAACUUGCUGGAUACAGAUGAAGUCAAAUGCAAAAUUGGAUCUCUGAAAAUACUGAGAAAAAUUAGUAACAACGUGCAAAUCUGUCGGACCACUGUUGAAAUGGGAGGCCUGCGGUGCAUUGUGAAGAUUCUCGACUCACCAGUCAAGGAGCUCAAGGCCUUAGCUGCUGAGACCAUCGCCAAUAUAGCCAGGUUCCGCAGGGCAAGGAGAACUGUCAGGCAAUAUGAUGGUAUCAAGAAACUGGUGAAGCUGCUGGACUGUGUCCCUAAUUUAACCCGCCUGACUGCCGACCAGGAGAAAGAUGUAGAUGUGGCCCGCUGUGGAGCUUUAGCACUGUGGAGCUGCAGCAAGAGCACCAAAAACAAGGAGGCCAUCCGUAAGGCUGGGGGAAUCCCUUUGCUGGGACGUCUGCUUAAGUCUCCACAUGAGAACAUGCUUAUCCCUGUGGUGGGUACGCUGCAGGAGUGUGCCUCAGAGGGAAGCUACAGGAUUGCCAUUCAGACAGAAGGCAUGAUCAAGGAUUUGGUCAAAAACCUAAGCAGUGACAAUGAUGAGCUACAAAUGCAUUGCGCCAGUGCUAUCUUCAAGUGUGCAGAGGACCAGGAAACCCGUGACCUGGUCCGUAAGUACAGAGGGUUGCAGCCACUGGUUUUACUACUGGGCAAGGCAGAGAACAAGCAGUUACUGGCUGCUGCCACUGGGGCCAUCUGGAAGUGCUCCAUUAGCAUGGAGAAUGUGGCUAAGCUUCAGGAGUACAAAGCCCUGGAGAUAUUGGUUGGCCUGCUGUCUGAUCAGCCUGAGGAAGUGCUGGUCAACGUAGUGGGUGCCCUGGGAGAAUUUGCACAGAUACCUGCUAACAGGGCCACCAUUCGCAAGUAUGGGGGUAUCAAGCCACUAGUUAACCUGCUUACUGGAACAAACCAGGCACUACUUGUGAAUGUAACAAAGGCUGUGGGUGCCUGUGCCACAGACAAGGAUAACAUGGCGUUCAUUGACAGUCUGGAUGGAGUCCGCCUGGUGUGGUCCUUACUGAAAAACCCCAGUACAGAUGUUCAGUCCAGUGCUGCAUGGGCCCUGUGUCCAUGCAUUGAGAAUGCAAAGGAUGCAGGGGAAAUGGUGCGCUCGCUGGUUGGUGGAUUGGAACUGAUUGUUAACUUGCUGAAGUCAACAAACAACGAGGUGCUAGCAAGCAUUUGUGCCGCCAUCACCAAAAUAGCCAAAGACAAGGAGAAUCUGGCAGUCCUCACUGAUCACGGGGUUGUCCCAUUGCUGGCAAGGUUGACGAACACAAGUGAUGACAGACUUCGUUACAACCUGGCUGGGGCCAUUGGCCAUUGCUGCAUGUGGGGCAGCAACAGGGUGUCCUUUGGUGAUACUGGAGCUGUGGCUCCCCUAGUGCACUACCUCAAGUCAAAAGACAGUGCAGUCCACAAGAGCACAGCCAUGGCCCUGUACCAGCUGUCCAAGGACCCCAACAACUGUAUUACCAUGCAUGAAAAAGGAGUGGUCAAGCCCCUCAUCCAACUCAUAGGCUCUGAUGACGACGCGCUCCAGGAUUUUGCUGCUGGUUGUGUGCGCAACAUUCGACUUCUGGCCCAAGCCAAC